AUGGGGGUUCUGGAUACCAAGCUCGAGGUCCUCCAGGACAGGCUACUGAAGACUUGGAUCCCACUUGCCUACUUCUUUGCAGGUGUUUCAUCUUUACCUCAGUGCUCUGAAAGUAACCUGACCAUCAGUGGAGGCGAUUUCACCCUCUCCAAGAUGUAUAUUGAUGGAAGUAUACUGAGAUACCACUGCCCAGAAGGUUAUUAUCCACAUCCUGUGAAAUUACGGCAGUGUUACAGAGGGCGUUGGGAUCCUGCACCUACCAGAAAACAGCCAGAGUGCAAACGGGUGACUUGCCCUAAUCCAAAUGUUCUGAACAAUGGAAUCGUGGACCCCUACAAGAGGAUUUACUACAUGAAUGACACAACAACUUUUAGGUGUCACUCUGAUUACACCUUCCGUGGCUCCUCCACCCGUGUGUGCCAGGCUAAUGGGAAGUGGAGUGGUGGCACACCCGUUUGUAGUCGUAACUCUGACCACUGCCCUGAUCCCGGCAUUCCGCCUGGUGCCAGCAGAACAGGCCACAUCUUCAACAUCGAUGAUGCAGUUACCUACCGUUGCCAUAACAACCUGAAAUUGCUGGGUUCCAAAGUUCGUGUGUGUCAGGAUGAUGGACAGUGGUCAGGGCAAGAGCCAGAGUGCUACGCUGAUUUCACGUAUGACACUCCAGAGGAAGUAGCAGAGGCUUUUAGCAGUUCUCUACAGACUACUUUAACAAUGAAUGAGGAAACAGAUAAAGAAGGGAAGAGAAUCAAACUGGAGCAGGGGGGAAAACUUAACAUCUACAUUGCCCUGGAUGCAUCUGACAGCAUAGAGGAAGAAGAUUUUAAUAAAGCAAAGAAUAUCAUUAAGCAACUUAUAAUAAAAGGAGCAGAGGCAAUACUUCACAGUGAUGCAGCUAACACUUACUGUCAAGGUAAACUUAUCGUUCUUGUUUCACUGUCUGCAGGUGUUUACAACGAAGGAGGGAACCCCAGUAAGAAUGUUAAAGAAAUCAAACAAAUUGUGUACAAUGGACAAGUUGAGAAACGGGAUGAAUAUCUUGAUCUGUAUGUGUUUGGUGUGGGUGAUGAUGUGCAAAGAGAAGACAUUGAUGACUGGGUAACAAAAAAACGGGAUGAGAAGCAUUUCUUUUUACUCCAGGAUAUGGAAAAUGUGGAAGAAACCUUUGAUCAAAUGAUUGAUGAGAGCACUAGUGUGAGCCUGUGUGGACUCUACAAAGACUAUCACGAUGGUACUCAAUCAACCAUGCGCCGUGGAUACCCCUGGCUAAUAAAAAUUGAUGUGACACAUGAGGAUGGUACAGUAGCCAACUGCUUAGGAUCACUGGUCACUCCUACAUUUAUUCUAACUGCAGCCCAUUGCUUUAGGUUUGGUGAUAUACCUGAAAAUAUUAAAGUUGGGGCACCCAAUGUUAGAGGCACCGCAUUACCAAAAGUGAAGGAAUACAUACCUCACCCCAAAUUCCAAAUCAGAGAUAAAGAGAAGGAGGGAAUUUCAGAGUUCUAUGAGUAUGAUGUUGCUCUCAUUGAACUAGAGAAAAGUGUAAUAAUUGGUAUUGAUCUCAGAACCAUAUGCAUCCCCUGCACCAAGGAGACGAGUGGGGCUCUAAGAUUGUCUUCCAGUGGUGUGACUUGCAAACAUCAUAAGGAAGAGCUGAUGAAUAAUGAUCUUGUAACUGCUAAGUUCAUGUCAUCUAAAAAAAUGGGUGAUGUUGUUCCAAAAAAAAAUGUCCAAAUCAAAGAAGGAUAUAAGAGGGCCUCAUGUAUUGAAGAUGCCAAAAAAGAAUUAAAUAUCACAGAUGAACAAGCAGCGAAGAUUAUUACAGACAACUUCCUGUGCACUGGUGGGGCUGAACUAAAUCAAGUAGAUGAUAUUUCAUGCAAAGGUGAUUCUGGUGGUGCUACAUUUAUAGAGCAAAAGUAUCGUGUGAUUCAGGUUGGAAUCAUCGGCUGGGGAUUGAAGGAUGUAUGUAAAGACAAAACACAGUCUAUCGAAACAGCCAGAGACUUCCACACAAACCUCUUCAGUCCAGAAGUGCAGGCUUUCCUUAAGAAAUACCUGGGUGAUGGAAAAAGAGGUGCUCCUCUAACAUUUUUGUAA